AUGGCCGGCGGUGGAAGCAGAUAUCGUCACCUGAGUCGCAACUCCGCGCACCGACAGGCCCUGCUCCGAAACCUCGUCACCUCCCUCUUCGAACACGAGUCAAUCACAACAACAUGGGGCAAGGCAAAGGAGGCUCAGCGCCUGGCUGAAAAGCUGAUCACUCUGGGAAAGAAGAACACCGAGGCUAGCCGGAGGCGGGCACUGGAGAUUUUCUACACACCACACCAGAUGCUUCCCAAACUCUUUGGUCCCAUUCGCGAGCGCUACGCAGACCGACCCGGCGGCUACACACGAGUUUUGCGUAUGGAGCCCCGUGAAAAGACCGAAUACUUCUCCGUCAACAAGGGCGACAAGAUGGCCACCCCGGAACGCAAGCCCCAAGUGAAAGCCCCCACCGCCAUUCUCGAGCUUGUCGAUGGGCCGAAGGAUAUGCGCUUUGCGAUGACUGCACGCGCAGUGGCGCGUGAGCGUGAACAGGGUCGAGACUUGGUUCACCAACUCACAAGGUUGAAUGUGAAGAAGGUUACUCAAUUCCGCAAGAACGGCGUUGAGGUUCUGGAGGAUGCGAUCUCCAAGCUCAGCCUGGCCAAGAAGUCUGCUGAGAAGAAGGAUGCCGGAAAGAAGGAGUAG